CGCUCAGCAGAACAGGAAAAGGGUAUUGACUUGGCUGUCUGCCAUGUAAAUAAGAAACAGGAUGCUAACAGAGUCCAUCUCCGAAACGUCAAAACGGUUACAACUCCUGGAUAACUGGAGCAAAGAUGAAACCUCCAAUUUCACCGGAAAUAUUAAGUGUUUGACAUCAGACUGAUAGCCUGUAGCCAUGGAUGGGUAUGCCACCAAAAACAACGAAAGCACCUUCCCCAGUUUGGAGGAGCUAGAUGACUAUCUAAGUCUGCACAACUCCAACUUUAUUUGGCUCAUUGUUGCCACCAUUCUAUCCUGUGGAUGGAUCAUAUAUUUAACUUAUUACAACUCCCGCAACAUCGGCCUCAUCCUCACCCUCAUCAUCAACAGGCUCUACAAGGAUGGCUACAUUCACAUCGGCUCUUUCUCCUUCUCGGUUCUGUCAGGCAAGGUCAUGUUCAGAGAUGUCUACUUCAUCAACCAAGACAUGUCUAUCAGGAUACAAGAUGGCUUUUUUAUAUUUCGAUGGUGGAAAAUGUAUGACCCAAAGCAGAAACAGCAUGAUCCUAAAGCGGAGACCCGGCUUUACGUGACGGUCAACGGGUUUGAGUUUCACGUCUACAAUCGAACCGGCCUUUACGCCCGGCUGCAGGAGACGUUUGGACUGGAGCCCACCCUGAUAACACCCAAGAAGGACGAGGCGAAGGGGGAAGAAGAUAGAACUGAGACUCUGGAGAGUGUGAACAUCAAAACAGAGAGUCCAGAUCCAGCCUCAUCCUGGCGCUCGCUCUUUCCUGUCAUUAAAGUCAACAUCAGCACCGGACGUUUGGCGUUUGGAAACCACCACCUGCCGCAAACUCUUUGCGUGAACUUUGAAGACGCCUUCCUGACCUACGCCACCAAACCUCCAUCCAGCCACCUGGAUCAGUUCAUGCACAUCAUCAAAGGCUCGCUGGAGAACGUGCGCGUCAUGCUGGUUCCCAGUCCUCGCUACCUGGGCAUGCAAAAUGAUGAACCUCCUAGACUGAUGGGUGAAGGCUUUGUGGUGAUGCAGUCCAAUGACGUUGACAUCUAUUAUUACCAGGAUGAACCCGGUUUGGUUCCCGUGGAGCAGGAGGGCGGAGAGGAGGCAGAGACGAGCAGUGAGGAUGAUAAACUGCAGGACCUUCCUCCCUGUUGGGGUUUGGACAUCGUCUGUGGAAAAGGAACAGACUUCAAUUAUGGACCCUGGGCUGAUCGGCAAAGGGAUUGUUUGUGGAAGUUCUUCCUGCCUGCAGACUUCCAGGCCAUGAACGUAACUGAGGUGGCACAGCCAGGAAAACUGAGACAGAUUCAGGCCUUUGAGCUCCGCAUGAACAUCAUUGCUGACGCCACCAUCGAUCUGCUUUUCACCAAAAACAGAGAAACCAAUGCCAUUCAUGUGAAUGUCGGCGCAGGCUCUUACCUGGAAGUCAACAUCCCCAUGACUGUGGGAGAGAAUGGUUAUUCCUCCACCAUCAAAGGUCAGCUUCUUCAUGUGGACACCACCAGCAGCAUGCAGUAUAGAACCCUCCUGGAGGCUGAGAUGUUAGCAUUCCAUGUGAUAGCCACCUACCCCCGAAUAUGGAACAUGCCCCAGUCAUGGCAGUGUGAGAUUGAGGUCUACAAGGCCACUUAUCACUUCAUCUAUGCCCAGAAAAACUUCUUUACUGAUUUGAUCCAUGACUGGGCCAGCGACAGCGCCCCUGAUCUUUACUCCUUUGUACCCUAUUCUUGGAAGUUCAAGAUCCUUUUCCACCAGUUUGAGAUGAUCUGGGCAGCAAACCAGCACAACUGGAUCGACUGUUCCACCAAACAGCAGGAGAAUGUGUACCUGGCAGCCUGUGGCGAAACGCUCAAUAUAGACUUCACUCUGCCUUUCAAUGAGUUUGUUCCUACCACUUGCCAUACUCGCUUCAGCUUGAGGGCGGAAGAUACCGACAUGCGGCUGUCUCUGCCAGAGUGCCACCCCAGCCGAUGUCCCCUGCUCACCCUGGCCAAAGACUACCAGAACAUUAGGCUGCCCCCUGACAUGUUCAUGUCAGGGGAUCAAGGAGCCCCCCUCCCAAAGCCCCCCAAGUCCAGAUGGAGGAAGAUAGCACGAAUAGAAAAUGGCUGGGUGGACUGUUGGAGUGUGCCAAACUUCUUACUCAUCAUUGACUACACCUGGCAUCCCAUUUAUCCCCAAAAGGCUGACGAGCAGCUCAAGCAGUCAUUCUCUGAGAUGGAAGAGUCCAUGCUGUCAGCUUUGCGACCCCCCGAGCACGCCUCGAUGCCCCAGAAUGCUCCACCUCGCUACACCACCACAUCUGCGUCAGCUUCUCACGGUCGAUUUCCCAGCGACCCUUCCGAGCUUCCUCCUGACAGGCUUCACGUGGAGAUGGAAAUGUCUCCCGAUUCCCAAAUCAUUCUUUACGGGCCUUUACUCCGGGCCCUGAUCGCCAUAAAGGAAAACUAUUUUGGUGAAGAUGACAUGUACACUGACUUUGAGGAGGCUCUGACGAGCCCGGUGUUGUCCACAGCGACUUCUUCAGGCCUCGGCUGGUCUCCUCUAGGAAUGGAGGACAGUGAACAGAAAGAAACGUCCAUCCACCCCUUAGACCUGCGGCCCUGGGACAUUACUGUACUCAUUAACCUCUACAAAGUUCAUGGACGGCUGCCCAUGCACUGCAGCAGUGAAGGUCCUGAAGGUCCAUCUGGUUUCUUGGAGCGGCUCUGCUUCGAGAUGAAAAAGGGUUACAAAGAAACCAAACUCCAGAUGCUUUUAUCACCCGUUCACAUCUUCAUCAGUGACAACUACCAGCGUCCCACAGCGGAUGGGGUGCUGAGAGACGGACACCUGAGUCUGUCUGGCCUCCAGAUGAGGGCUCACGCCAUGUUCUCAGCUCAGGGCCUGCCUCUGGGCAGUGACACGCUGGAGUAUGCGUGGCUGAUCGACAUGCAGGCUGGGGGCCUCACCGGCAGGGUCACGAUUCCUCAGUUGGCCAGUAUGAUCGAAUGGGGUGAGACUUUUCUUUUCCACGUGGUGUCUCGAGAGUUCAACCUGGAGCAGCCCAAGUCCUCCGUCAUCUGCCAGCAUGGCGUCGAUCGCCGCAUCUGCAAUGCAAAGCUAAGCUGCCUGCCUGGUCACUGCCGCACAUCAGAGGAGCUGAAAUACACCAUGACACGACUGGCCAUGGAUGGAGUUGACCUCUUUGUUGUGGAGCAUGGCUGUGCUGCCAAUAUAAAGACAAGUGUUAUCCGUGUAGCCAACUGUAACCUGCACAACCAGGCGGUGGGCGAGGGGAUCAGCGCGGUGGUGCAGGACCUAAACAUCCGACAGUACAUUGAGCAGCAGCAACACACCGAGGCGACCCGGCUGCACCUGGGAGGACAGGGUCAAGGUCCCGGUCAGCCGCUGGGUCUCGGUCAGCCCCCUCUGCUGCGGCGGUCUGUCUGGCUGGAGGCAGGUUCAGUCAACCUGAACCUCAUCACAGCAGAUAUCGCCCUGGCCGCUGACCACCCAGCCAAAUGUGAAGUUCAGAGGCAUUUUCUGGAACUGCAUGAUGCUCAGACCAAAAGACUCUGGUUCCUUUGGCCCGAGGAUGCUAGCGUUCGCAAUAAACGAGGCAGGAACCGCUGUGGAUGCCUCGGAGGCUGCAGGUUCUUCGGGGGAACCAACAUGGGCCUGGACUUCUUCAAGCUGGAGGAGCUCACGCCCUCCUCCUCAUCUGCAUUCUCCUCUUCGAGCACGGAGCCCGACAUGUGUUACGGCCAGUCUUUGCUGCAGCCUGAGGAGUGGAUUAUUACUAAAGAAACUCCAAAAGUGGAUGGGAAAGUUGUGGGACUCAAAACAGAGACUCGCUCUCCCUGCCUGCCUCCUGAGGUUCCUGAGAGGCCUGGACAGCAGCACCUCAGUCUCCAGGUGCCCCAGCGGUCCCAUAGCUCUGCCUCCUCCUCUGAAGAGAAUAGCUCCUCCAGUGCCGCCUUACCUCUGCUGGCUGGAGAGAGGGAGAGCCCUUCACCGAGCCAAGAAGAGCGUCUGUACACCAUGAACGGCAAAAGCCCCGCUGACACCCUCACAGAAGUCCCAGAGGUCUCUCCAGUAUCUCCCAACAGCUCCCAGAGCCGCUCCUCUGUACGCUCCCCCCUUUGCUCUCCUCUGAAGCGCCAGUCGUCUGUCCAGUCCGGUCGUCUGGGCAGCACCAAGAGCCUGUCAGCCGCCGUCUUCACAGACAAGCCGCCUCCGGUCCUCUCCGGGGGAGUCCAGUUCAGCAGCGAGGUUUCUCGCAGCGACGAGAACGUCCUGGAUUCCCCUCGCCAGCGGAGAAGCUACGGCUCCUUCCCCUUCACCCCUUCAGCGGACUCCAACACCUUCCACCAGUAUCGCUCUGCUGACUCCAGCAUGUCCGUGGCAGACAGUGAGGCUUACUUUUCCGCGACGGAGGACUUUGAGCCAAUCAGCAGCGCCGAUGAGGGUCCCGGGACUUAUCCAGGCCGCAAGAAGAAGAGACGGCAGCAGACGCAGCAGAAUCAGCAACCUCCGUACCACAUGGAAAGCUACAGCCGGAGUUCCAUCUAUCACAGUGUUGAGGGCCCUCUCACCUAUGUGCUCAAUGGGGAACUGAUCACAGAGCCACGCCCUCUGCCGCCACCCCCAAUACUGCCCCCGCUGCCACCCCAUCCUCUACCCACUCACACCUCCCAGGCCUCGUUCGUCUCAGCACUGGCUAUGGAGGAGGAGAGCUCCAUGGAGGCAGAAAAGACUGCAGAACCGGGCCCUGUCACCAGGCAACCACAUGUCAUGGUGUGCUACCAGAGCUACCUGGCCCACUAUCAGGUGUCAAACUGGUCUGUCAAACAGCCGACCAAUAAACGGACAUCCAAGUCUUCUCUGCAUCGACCUCUGGAUCUGGACACGCCCACCAGUGAAGAAAGCUCCUCCUCUUUUGACCAGCUCUCUGUCCCCAGCUUUAAGCUGGUAAAGCAGGGCCUCUCAGCUAGCUCUCUUUUAGACAGAGGACUUCAGCUGAUGGGAGAAACCAACGGUACACCUUACACCCCCUUGGAUAAGAGGGCCAUGGAGAACACAGAUGAGGACACCACGACAGAUGAUUGGAGCCUGGAACAGCCCCUGGCUCAGACCAGAACCACUGCCAUUGUGGAAGUGAAGGGGGCCAUCAAUGUGGUACUUACCCCCUUAGUGGCUGAAUCCUUGGACAGAUACAUUGAGUCAAUGGUUCACUUUGCAAGCAUUCGACACCCAGCUGCCAUCCUAGACAACCUACAUGGAAAAGUUCUCAAUGAAGCCUAUCAGAUAAGCAAGUCAACAGUCACAGAGUCUAGCCAAACGGGUAAACAGGAGCCCAAGCUGUCCAAGACAGAGGGCACGACCCCCGGUUCACUCAACAUCUCCCAUGGCCAGACAGAGCUGUCUGUCAAGCCCGAUAAUGUGAAAAUCAAGGGCCUUCAGGCCAAUGUCUCCAUCCCCAAGGUGAACCUUUGCCUGCUGCAGGCCUCAGUAGAGGAAGGUUCUCCGUCUUGCUCCAGCAAGUGUGUCACACACGUGUCUCUGGUGGCACUCUGCUUCGACAGGAUUGCAACACAAUUCAGGAUGAACAGGGGCAUUGUAGAGGAGACUCCCAACACCACAGAACAGGGCCGACCUUCGGUCAUGUUGGAGAAGUAUGCUUCGGCCACCAAGAUGCAGCCUCAGUCUUCCGGCUCGUUGCGUUCCAAUGCUGGCAUCGAGAAGGGCAAAGAGAUCGCAGCGAGACUCAAUAUUCACCGCAUUCACAGCCAGCUCCGAGGCCUGGACUCCACAGACAUUGGCACAUGUGCUAUCACAGCCAUUCCUUUUGAGAAGUCCAAAGUCCUUUUUGGUCUGGAGGAAAUGGAGGAGUUUUCAUUAGUGGAUGAAACGGACACCCAAGCAGGGAAUGAUUUGGGCCGAUCUGCUGCUUCUCUGGAGAAAUGGGGCUGGAUCAUGUUUGAAUGUGGCAUAGAGAACCUCACAGUCAAAGGAGGUCGUCAGUCUGGAGCCGUCCUUUACAACGCCUUCGGAGUGAUGGGCCACUUUGAGAAUGGAGGGAAGACUGGGACGUCCAAGUCGAAUGGUUCCACUGGCUCUCAGACAGGAAGUGGUUACAGCACCGACGUGUCUGAUGACAACCUGCAGCAUGAUGCUACCAGUCCAAACUCCGAUGUCAACGACCAGUCGGACUCAGACGAUCAGGAUGAAGGGGUGGAGUCAGACGACCUGAAGAAAGACCUUCCCCUCAUGCCUCCACCCCCCGACUCCAGCAGCAUGAAGCUGACCAUCAGAGAGAUCUGGUUCAGCUUCGCUGCCCCCACCAAUGUGCGCUCAGCUUCCUCAUCCAUAUCCAGACAGUUGAAUCUGCUCAGCACAGCCACACCUGCCAUUGGCGCCUGGUUGGUUCCCAUUGACCAGCUCAAGUCCUCUCUACGCAAACUUGACAUGGAGGGAACUCUGCGAGUGUGUGCUGUGAUGGGCUGCAUCAUGACAGAAGCUCUUGAGAAAAAGAGCAUCCACAUCCCCAUUCGCAGCAAGUACAAUCGCGUGACCAAACGAUCCCGCUACCUGCACGAGAAUCCCUCCUGUAUGCUCUGCAACAUCCUGCAUCGCUACUUGCAACAGGCUGACUACUCUGUGAUCGAAGAGGCCACCAUGAAUGAUGGCGUUCCAGCUCUGGUGACUCUAAAAAAAGGCCUGGUGGCUUUGGCCCGACAGUGGAUGAAGUUCAUAGUCGUAACUCAGGGAUUUAAGGCCAUUGGUCUGAUUAAACCCAACCAGCUCACUAAGCCCAAAGAGCCUCAGCCGAGCCUGGGAGACACAAUCCACGGCCUUGACAACGGCGCUGCGCUGCAGAGUGACACCAGCGGUGACGGAGCCGAGUUUGAAUAUGACGCAGCCACAGUGAGUGAACACACCAUGCUGUUGGAAGGAGUAUGCAGUCGACCCCCGCCCAAAGAAGCCAACUCUGGUCCUGUAAGCGGGGUGGAGAUCAUGAGGAAACUCUCCAAGUCUCACACUCACAACGAGUCUGCUCUCAGAAUAAAGGGCUCGCAUCCCUACCAGUCGCUGAGCUACACCAGCGGUGACACGGCGGCUGACUCACCGGCACACGUGAGCCGCGCUGGCCUGCCAGCCAAGGACAGCCCCAGGAAGGAGAGCCUCCUGAGCAAUCUGACAGGCAGCUUUCGGAGUCUGCACAACCUGCUGGAGGGCACGCCUCAGAGGAACGACCCAUCUGCCGCCGCCGCUGCAGCUAAAAGCAGCUCCCUCACGCGCACAGGGACAGACAUGAUGACCGAACACCCGCUGCUGUCUGAGCCUUCCUCUGUCAGCUUUUACAACUGGAUGUCCAACGCUGUGGGGAACCGGACCGGAGCUGCAGUCCAGGAGUCUCCGGUCAACCGCUCUCAGCACAACAGCCUACAGACUGGUGGGUUGUGCAACCUUCCCACCAUCCCAUCAGCAUCAGAAUUCAACACAGUGCUGUCUAGUGACCAGAACACUCUGGACGGCACCCACUCCCAGCACAGCACCAGUCAGGAUGACAUUGGAGACAUAGAGGAGGGAAACCAGUGUCCGGCUGCUGUGCAGCUGGCAGACGCUGAGGUUGUUUUCAAGCCUUUGUUGGGCUACAUAGGCAUCCAGGCUCAGGAUACUACUCCCCUCAGUUACAAGAUGUACUUCGGAGAGCACCUGUCCUUUUCUGGUAACCUGGAAUGUCUUCGAGCUGACAUUGUUGAUUCUGAUACAUCCAAGGAGCGCAAAAACAAGCGAUCCAGGAGACAAGGCAUGGUGAACCUUCCUCCUCUUGAGUUCAAGCCGGCGCUGCUGAUUGAAACCUUCAGUGUGAACGCGGUGGUGAUGGAGAAGUCCACGAGCGCUCCACAGGGCCCCACUGCCGCUCCACUCUCUUUCCAUGACCUCAACCGCCGCCACUACAACACCUUCCACUGCGAUUUCACCACAGCCUGCCAGGCCAUCAGCCAGCGAGUGGACAUGGCCCUGGUGCGCCUCAUUCACCAGUUCAGCACCAUGAUCGAUGACAUCAAGGCCACGCAGACCGACAUCAAGCUGAGCCGCUACACUGCCGGCUCCGCCUCCCCGACACCCACCUUCAGGGCGCGGCCUUACCGCCACUUCAGGUCUUCGGACUUCAGCCGGAGUUCCCGGGGGAGCCUCAACGGAGCGACCCGCAGUGGAACUCAAACUUUAAAGAGCAAGAGAGCUGGGGGCGGAGGUGCAGGAGGUGGCGGUUUACCUAGUAGUGGGCCUUCGUCAGGCAUGGACACGCUAGGAAGGCGGGAGCCCAGAGGACGCAGCUCCCUGGGACGGUCAGAGCGACGGACCUCCAAGGUGUCAAGGAAGGGUUCUCGUGACGUGGCUGACCACAUGGCGAUCCAGAUGGACGACUCUGACUCCAUCACGGUGUCGGAGCAGAGUGAGCCAUCAGCAGAAUGUUGGCAGAACAUGUACAAGCUGCUCAACUUCUACUCCCUCAUCUCCGAUCCCACCGGCAUCUUGGAGAAAAGCUCCCCGGAGAACUGCAUCACAAGUGGAAAUCAGCUAGAAGGUGGACGCCUCCCCUCCGAGCCGUUCUGCAAAGUCAUCUUUGAGGAUGAGCAGCAGGAACCCACCACGCCCAACAAGCCGCUGGGGGUAAGCGGGAGACGCCGCAGCCUGGUGAGCUCCGAGCCCCAGCACGUCACGCUCAUCGUGUUCGGCAUCGGCAUGGUGAACCGCACGCACCUGGAGGCAGACAUCGGCGGGCUGACCAUGGAGGCAGAACUGAAGAAGAUCCACGGGAGCUUCACCCUGAAGGAGAAGAUGAAAGACAUCCUUCAUCAGAAAAUGACAGAGACGUGUGCGUCUGCUCACAUUGGGGGGGUUAACAUCGUUCUGCUGGAGGGCAUCACCCCUGACAUUCAACUGGAGGAUUUCCCUACAUCUCCCACCAGCACUGCUAAACAAGAGUUUCUAACGGUUGUCAAAUGUAACAUCGCCAAAUCCCAGGCUCUAUACAGCGCCCAGCGAGGCCUGAAGACCAACAACGCCGCCGUUUUCAAAGUGGGAUCCAUCAUGAUCAACAUCCCCCAGCAUCCUGCCACUCUGCACAGCAUGAUGGUGCGCAGCUCCCACCAGCUCUCCAAGCAGAUCUCAGACCUGAUCCGGCAGCCCUCCAGCGCUCAACCCCCGAACAGGGAGGAAACCCCCACUCCACAGCCGUCUGACAAAACCUCCAGCAUCAACCAGACCCCCGUGGAGGCCAACGAGUUCCCCCAACUCCCUGAAGGCUUGGAGAAGAAGCCGAUCGUCCUCAAGUUCAGCGCUAUGAUGGAUGGCAUCACCAUCGGGGCUGCUCUGCUGCCGUCGUUGAAAGCAGAAUAUAAAGUGGGCCGCAUGAAAAGCCACGGCAUGACUGGAGCACAAACCAGUUUCACCUUUGAGUUGCCGGACCACAAACUCUGCUUCCAGUCUAAAGUGUCGUCAACAGACAUGUCCACGUUGUCUCCAUCCGCCAGUCUCACUCUUCCUCCAGUCACCAUGUCUGGGGAGUACAUCAUGGAGGACCACGAGAGCCACUCGGACCAGGGCUGGGGGCCGGAUGACUUCCCCACAAAGCAGGGAAACUACCUCCAAGGAAACUACCUGCGCUGUGUUGCUGAGAUUGGUUCGUUUGAGCACAACCUGACCACAGACCUGCUCAACCACCUGGUUUUUCUACAGAAAGUUUUCAUGAAGGAGGUCAAUGAAGUCAUUCAAAAAGUUUCAGGAGGAGAACAACCAAUCCCUCUGUGGAACGAGCAUGACACCUCAUCAGAUGCAGACAAGCCAAAAAUUCUGCUGUACUCUUUAAGCCUGAUGUUCAAGGGGAUCCAGAUGACAGCCACCACGCCGUCAAUGCGGGCUGUGCGCUUCGAAACGGGCCUCAUUGAGCUGGAGCUGUCCAACAGAAUCCAGUGCAAGACGCAGCCGGGCGGCAGCAGCAGCUACCUGAAGCUGUUCGGUAAAUGUCAGGUUGACCUCAAUCUGGCCCUCGGACAGAUCGUCAAGCAUCAGGUCUACGAAGAAGCUGGAUCCGACUUCCACCAGGUGGCAUACUUCCGAACUCGAAUCGGUCUGCGAAACGCGCUGCAGGAGGAAAUCAGUGGCUCCUCAGACAAGGAGGCGGUCCUUAUAACACUCAACCGGCCCAUUGUUUUUGCUCAGCCGGUGGCAUUUGACAGAGCUGUUCUAUUCUGGCUGAACUACAAAGCCGCGUAUGACAACUGGAACGAGCAGCGUUUGGCUCUCAACAAGGACAUCCACAUGGCAACAAAGGAAGUGGUGGACAAGUUGCCGGGGAUUCAGCAGACCUCCGCUCAGGCUUUCAGCACCCUCUUCCUGCAGCUGACAGUCAAUGAUCUUGGUAUAUGCCUGCCCAUCACCUCUUCUCAGAAAGGACAAGUACCAGUUGGUCAGGAAGGGACCAGCUCUGAAGCUGCGGCCUGCACAUCAGCGGGCCCACAAAAAAAUACACAAAAAGCCAGCAUAGAUUUCGACACUGGUUCAGCUCUUGUUCUGACCAUUGAGAGCACGCUGAUCACCGCCUGUUCCUCCGAGUCCCUGGUCAGCAAAGGUCACUUCAAGAACUUCUGCAUCCGCUUCGCGGAGGGCUUCGAGACGUCCUGGGACGACUGGAAGCCAGAAAUCCGAGGAGAUCUUGUCAUGAACGCCUGCGUAGUCCCUGAUGGUACUUAUGAAGUUUGCUCCAGGACUACCGGGCAGGCAUCUGCAGAGAGCAGCAGUGCUGGCACCUGGACUCUCAACGUGCUCUGGAAAAUGUGUGGAAUCGACGUUCACAUGGACCCCAACAUCGGCAAGCGGCUCAACGCGCUGGGAAACACGCUGACGUCGCUGACGGGGGAGGAGGAUGUGGAUGACAUCACAGACCUGAACUCUGGAAACAUCGCUGACCUGUCGGAUGAGGAUGAAACCGACGCCAUGUCCCCCACCAUCCACAUGAGUCCAGAGAGCCAGAUCAGCCCUCGACUAACCUUAAGAAAGCGUCUGGUAAACCACAUCCUGGGCCUCAGCCCCAGGCCUCAGAGUGUAUCUGUCCCCCUGGACUACUUUAACAGUGCAUCGCCUAGUCUCCAAACGGUCCCAGCCAGGUCCCAAAGACCUCUCUCCUGGGCCUGUGAGGCUGUUGACCCUCGGAGGCCAGUUGUGAUGGGGAACCAGAUGAUUGACCCUCGUGGGAGGAAGUUUACUAAGAGAGUGGUGGACAUCCGCGAGCUGAACGAACAGGCCAAAGUUAUUGACGACCUCAAGAAACUGGGAGCCAGCGAAGGCACCAUCAACCAGGAGAUCCAGCGCUACCAACAGCUGGAAUCUGUGGCUGUCAACGACAUCCGGAGAGAUGUGCGAAAGAAGCUGCGGCGCUCCAGCAUGAGGGCGGCCUCUCUAAAGGAUAAGUGGAGUCUUGGCUACAAGCCAAGCUACAACCGCUCCAAAAGCAUCUCUGCGGCUGCCGGACGGCCUCCUUUGAAAAGGAUGGACAGACAGAGUUCCAGGAUUGGGGACGUGGAGGAUUUACCAGACAUCCGUGUUGAAGCUUCUUCUCCUGCUCCACGGGUCACCUUCAACAUCCAGGACUCGGCUUUGGACCCUGCACAGUCCCCUUCCAGUGAAGCAAAGGUUUUCAAGUUUCCCGAGGAGACAGAGGGCGACCUGUUCUCAGUCACCAUUGACGACCCAUCCCAUCCUCAUCUUCACCUUAAUUUUUCAUCCGAUGUUGAGGGCCAGCAGUCAGUUUUCAGUGCUCCUGCCACCCCUUCUGUCUUCUCACCCACACUUCCCUUCCAGCACGAUGACAUCAGGCGCGAUGAAGCAUCGUCUUCCUCCUCAGAAGACUCAGAGAAGGAGGACGAGUUUGAACGCGGGAGGCUGCCAGGGUAUCACAGGCCUUUCCCGGCGCCUCAGAGGAAGCCCUCAGGUUUUUCUGCUGUGAGCCAGCUGUUCAGCGAGCGCUGGCCCAGCACACCGGCAAACCGCAGCUUCAGCGGCACGGCGACUGAGAGAAACAUCGACUUUGAGCUGGACGUCCGUGUGGAGAUUGAUAGUGGGAAGUGUGUCCUUCACCCCACUACUCAGCAGAUGGAGCACGAAGAUGUUUCUUUGAAGAGAAGCUGUGACCGCAGCCUCAGGAGUCUGGAUCAAGAAUCUCCUCCCAAAAAGAAGAAGCUCCAGCCCGCCUUCACCUCCACCACCCAUCUCCUCGCUGGAAAGAAGUGUCCGUCCACUCUGCAGACCAAAUCCAACGACUUGGAGACGACUGUCUUUUACAUUCCAGGAGUGGACGUUAAGUUGCACUACAACUCCAAGACUCUUAAGACGGAGUCGCCCAACGCCUCACGGGGAUCCUCCCUGCCCCGCACUCUCUCCAAAGAGUCCAAGCUGUAUGGUAUGAAAGAUAGCAGUCCUACAAACCCUCCCAAUGCAGUCCAAAGCAAGACUAUCUCGCUCCUACCUCCCCUGCCCCCACCUAUACCAUCAGCCAAAGGGAAGAGCAGCGGCGGUGUGAAGACAGCCAAACUGUACGCCUGGGUGGCUCUCCAGACUCUUCCAGAGGAAAUGGUGAUCAGCCCCUGUCUGCUGGAUUUCCUGGAAAAAGCCCUGGAGACCAUUCCCAUCACUCCUGUGGAUCGAAACUAUGCAGUGUCGAACCAGGAGGAGGACAUGGGUCCGUUUGAUACGGUGGAGCCGCUGGAGGAGUCCACCACCUCUCUGGUGUCUUCCUCCACGUCGGCCUACUCCUCCUUCCCAGUAGACGUGGUUGUCUACGUCAGAGUCCAGCCUUCUCAGAUUCGCUUCAGCUGCCUGCCCAUGUCCAGAGUGGAGUGUAUGCUCAAGCUGCCUUCUUUAGACCUGGUCUUCUCCUCCAACCGUGGAGAGUUAGAGACCCCGACAGGAGCCCACCCCACCGACGGAUCACACCAGCCUUCCUCCACUCCUCCCGGACAGCAUAUUCCCAAACUGCCCCCCAGCAAAGCAUCUCCAUUGCUAGGAAGUCCUUUGGGGAGAAGUCGCCACAGCAGCAGCCAGUCCGACCUAACGACGCCCCCCAGUAACUCCUCUGGGCUCAGCUUCACCGCUUGCAUGUCCGAUUUCUCGCUCUACGUCUUCCACCCCUACGGCGCUGGAAAGCAGAAAUCUGCCGUCACAGGCCUGCCUCCCGGUCCAGGUCCGCUGGGAACAGUAGACGAGGAGCCAUCCUCGGUGACGGGAAGAAAAGACUCUCUGAGUAUCAACCUGGAGUUUGUGAAAGUCAGUUUAUCCAGGAUGAGACGCACCGGAGGACCCACCUUCAUCGAGAGCUUCAUUCCUCCCAAAGGGGGGAAAAUGGACACCACCCUCAUCAACAUCUCAGCUGUGUGCGACAUCGGCUCGGCUUCCUUCAAAUACGACAUGAGGCGACUGAGUGAGAUCCUGGCUUUCCCCCGAGCCUGGUACCGCCGCAGUAUCGCCAGGCGUCUCUUCUUAGGGGAUCAGACCAUCAACCUUCCAGCCUCUGGCCCUGCUACACCUGACUCAACUGAAAACAUCUCCCAGCACCUGUCCCCCGAGUCCUGCCGGAAAGCUUACUUCAGGACCUGGGACGGGACGCAGCACGUCCCCCAAUCCCCCAGCGUCUUCUCUGAGCACGCCACUGGGAGCAACAUGUCUCCAAGCAGCCUGGGCCACCUCAAAUCACCGGCGCCUGGUCGCACUCGAAGCGUGUCAGACUCCUCCGCCCCCAGGAGAGACUCUGUGACGAAAACAUCAACUCCUUCCUUUGGCAAAAACGGGAAGGCGGCAGGUCAACAAGGGUCGCCCUGGGAGACGCUGGUGGUGUUUGCCAUCAACUUGAAGCAGCUCACCGUUCAGAUGAACAUGAGCAACGUCAUGGGAAACAACACAUGGACGACCAGCGGGCUGAAAAGUCAGGGCCGCCUGUCUGUCGGCAGCAACCGCGACCGGGAGAUCAGCAUGUCCGUCGGCUUGGGCCGCUCCAAGCUGGACUCCAAGGGAGGGGUAGUGGGCGGCAACAUAGACGUGAACACCCUGGAGAUGGUCUCACACAUCUCUGAACACCCGAACCAGCAGCCCAGCCACAAGAUCCAGAUCACCAUGGGUUCCACGGAGGCCCGGGUGGAUUACAUGGGCUCCAGCAUCCUGAUGGGAGUGUUCAGUAACGCUGACCUGAACCUACAGGACGAAUGGAAAGUCAACCUGUGUACGGUGGACAGCAGCAUCUCAGAAAAAAGUGAGAUCUUUGUCCACGGAGACCUGCACUGGGACAUCUUCCAGGUGAUCAUCUCCCGCUCCACCACCCCGGACCUCAUCAAGAUCGGCAUGAAGCUGCAGGAGUUCUUCACGCAGCAGUUCGAUACCAGCAAGCGGGCCCUCUCCACGUGGGGCCCCGGCCCCUACCUGCCCCCGAAAACCCCCGUUAUCAACGCCGAUAAAGGAGCAGCAGAGCUUUACAUGGAUGCAGCCCAUCACCGCCACUGGCCCGGGGUGCUGAAGGUUAUCGCCGGCUGCCACAUUUCCCUCUUCCAGGUGCCUCUGCCCGAGGACGCCGUUCAGCUGGGCGGCUCCAUGAGCCUCCACGGCAACCACAUGACCCUGGCCUGCUUUCACGGGCCAAACUUCCGCUCCAAGUCGUGGGCUUUGUUCCACCUGGAAGAGCCCAACAUCGCCUUCUGGACCGAGGCACAAAAGAUCUGGGAGGACGGCUCCAAAGAUGAGUCCACCUACAUAGUCCAGACUCUGGACUUCCAUCUUGGUCAUAACACUAUGGUGACAAAACCCUGUGGCGCUCUCGAGAGUCCAAUGGCCACGAUAACUAAAAUCACCCGCCGUCGACAUGAAAACCCUCCACACGGAGUCGCCACAGUCAAAGAAUGGUUCAACUACGUCACUGCCAUGAGGAACGAAGAGCUCAACCUGCUCCGGAACGUGGAAGCCAACAACCAGGAGAGCGGAGCGGCCAACAAGAGCUCCAGUCUGCUGAGCAGCUUCCGCGGCUCCUCCAGCUACAACCAUGAAACGGAGACCAUCUUUGCACUUCCCAGGAUGCAGCUGGACUUUAAAUCCAUCCAUGUUCAGGAUCCGGAUGAGCCGUCUCUAACAGAGUCCAGCAGUAAACCCAAAGUGGAGUGCAGCGUGGUGACGGAGUUCACCGACCACAUCUGCGUCACCAUGGACGCCGAGCUCAUCAUGUUCCUUCACGACUUGGUGUCGGCCUACCUGAAAGAGAAAGAGAAAGCCCUUUUUGCACCGAGAAUAUUCUCAGGUCGGCCCGGUCAGAAGAGCCCGACGACCGCCAACGACGACAGCUCCAGCGACAAGGACAAGGAGGAGGGCAUCAACUACACCACCGUGGACUGGAGGGAGUUCAUGUGCAACACCUGGCACCUGGAGCCCACCCUGAGGCUCAUCUCCUGGACAGGACGGAAGAUCGACCCCGUCGGCGUGGACUACAUCCUGCAGAAACUGGGCUUCCACCACGCCAGGACUACAAUUCCCAAGUGGCUGCAGAGGGGCGUGAUGGACCCGCUGGACAAAGUUCUGUCCGUGCUCAUCAAGAAGCUGGGCACGGCCCUGCAGGACGAGAAAGACAAGAAGAGCCGAGACAAAGAGGAGCACUGAGGAGCCAAACACUGGAAUCAUCGAUCCGAGCAGAGAGCCACUGAAUGACUGCAUAAGCACUACUGAACAAAGCAUUGGAAUGAACAAACCUGUGAACUUCUGCAUCCUCCUUUUAUGUGAAGCUGGAGUUUUGCACCAAACCCUGUAUUUUCUGUACAUUUUGGAACAAAGUCGCUCAUGUUAGGGAUGUUGCUGCCUCCUGACCCAGCCUGACCUCACUCAAACCGCUCCAGUUUUUUAUGAUUUGAAGCUCGCCGCUUGUUCUCAGAAAAUGAUUUGUGUGUUUUUUUUAAACCAUUGCCUUUUCUUUGUUUCCCAUGGAACACAUGGUAGGUAUGCUUUAUGUGAAUGACAGCUUAGCUUUAUACCCAAGAACAAUUCAGUGACUUUGUUCUUGAUUUUGGACUCAAGCAAUGAAUUACUGGAGGUUGUGGCACCCCCCCUUACCUUUUCCCCCUCAGCCACAUGGAUGAUUGUAAGUUGAAUUGGAACCAAGUUCAUUAUUUAUGUGGAAAACAUCCAUCUACGUUUGAUGUAUUGAUCUAUUUUUUAAUCCUCAUAAUAGAAACCAUGUAUAUAGUACAUUUCUUAAAUGUGUUGAUUUCUUAACUUAAUAAAACUGUUGCCAUUCAGUUUUAAAGGGUUGCUGUCAUGUCA